AUGAUGAAAGGUCGGCAACAAUUUCGUCGGCGUUUCAGUUUACAGCCGGCGUCGUUGAAGGAGGGCCAGGAGGAUGGGACGACGAAAAACGUUCGAAAUGGAAGACUGUCCGAGUCGGACAGCGGCGGUGGAAAACCAGGUGAAGGUUCGAUGCAACACAUGAUCGUGGUAAUGGGCGCGGCGAAAGUAGGCAAAUCAGCGAUAAUCAACCAGUUUCUCUACAACACAUUCACCCCCAAGUACAAGCGAACGGUGGAGGAGAUGCACCACGGGGACUUCAACCUAUCCGGCAAGCAUUUAACCUUAGACAUCCUCGACACCUCAGGCUCCUACGAAUUCCCAGCAAUGAGAGACCUCUACUUCAAAUCUGCGGACGCGUUCAUCCUGGUGUACGACGUCCACGACGCUAACACGUUCCUCGAGGUGAAGACCCUCAGGGCACAGAUCGUCAACACAAAGGGAGCGGUGCCAAUCGUCGUCGUCGGCAAUAAAGUCGACGUGUUGGACUCGGAGCAAGAGGUGGACACGGAGAGCACGAGAGAACUGGUGACGAUCAAAUGGAAGAACGGUUUCGUCGAGGUCUCGGCGAAAGAGAACUUAAACGUUUCCCAGGUGUUCAAGGAACUUCUAAUUCAAGCAAAGCUCAAGUGCAAUCUCAGCCCGGCAUUGCGACAGCGUCGAAAAUCGUUGCCACCGCCACAGCAUUCGAAUUCCCGCAGCAGCAGCGCUCACGUGCCAUCGCCGGCGCAGUUGCAGCAUCUGCAGCAGAUACGCGAGCGUUCCGAGUCCAAGAGGAAUUCGUGCAUUAUCUCGUAAAGAGGCAGGC